UGAUCUUUCUCGCCUCCUUCACUCAUCUUGAUUCUCCUCUGAGGACUUUCCCAUGGGGGGUGGGUGUUUGGGGGGCAUAGUGAACAUAGUUUAUUAUUAGCGUGUGUCUCAGCUUGCCCUCACUGCCACUGCCGUGUCAUUUUUGUCCCCCCACUUUCCGUGUUUGUCUCUGGCUUCUGCUGCUUUAGUGUCUUGUGGUGGCGUCGAGUCCUGCUGUUUUUCUGUUUUUGUUCUGUUUUCUGUUUUUUCCUGUUGUUGGGUUUUCGUAGCGAGACUUAACGGAUGUCUUUCCUUCACUUCAGGUUUCUGCUGACAGCACCGCAGGCUAUUUUUUACUUUGUCACAACUCUGCGUCCUCUACCGUUCCCUUUUUUUCCCCUUCCUCAUAUUUAUAUUCAUGCUUCUACCUGUCCUCUCAGCUUUGUCUCUCUACAGCUCCUUGUACGCUACAGCUAACCUGCUGCCGCCUCAUCCACUACUCCUUUUUUUUUUUGUUCACGUCUCUCUUAUCAGUCUCUCUUCUGCUUGAACUGAACCUGUUCUCAGCCUGGUUCUGCUGGUGAUGGGGAAGAAAGAGCUGCUUUCUGUCUUUAAGGCCUUCCUGGACUGUGUUUGCCUGGGCCUGUCUAGAAGCAGCAGGGAAUCUGCAGGCAGACAUGAACAGGAUGCUGAGAACGGUCACCUGAUCUACAGAAGAGGAGACGUCCUGCAGGACAGGUAUGAAAUCGUCGACACUUUGGGUGAGGGGACGUUCGGCAAAGUGGUGCAGUGUUUGGACCAUGGCAGAGAAGGAAGGAGAGUCGCUCUGAAGAUAAUUAAAAGUUUGGAUAAAUACAGAGAAGCAGCCCAGCUGGAAAUACAUGUGUUGGAGAAACUCAGGGAGAAGGACCCUUACAACAAACAUUCUUCACGACAAUAAGCUGACUCACACCGACCUGAAGCCUGAGAACAUCCUGUUUGUCAACUCCGACUACUCUGUCAUCUACAACACAGAGAAGAAAUGCAAUGAAAGGAGAAUAAAAGACACGACAGUGAGGCUGGUCGACUUUGGCAGCGCCACCUUCGACCACGAACACCACUCUGUCAUCGUUUCCACGCGUCACUACCGAGCUCCUGAGGUCAUCCUGGAGCUGGGCUGGGGUCACCCGUGUGACGUGUGGAGCAUCGGCUGCCUCCUGUUUGAAUACUACUCAGGCUUCACACUGUUCCAGACUCAUGACAAUAAGGAACAUCUCGCAAUGAUGGAGAGAAUGCAGGGACCAAUUCCUCAACAAAUGAUUCACAGGAGCAGGAAGCAGAGAUAUUUCUAUCAUGGCCGUCUGGACUGGAACGAGUGCUCCAAGGCCGGCCGCUUCGUCAGAUCAAGAUGCAAACCUUUAAGGAAACACCUGUUAUCACACGGGAGAGAGCAUCACCAGUUUUUUGACCUUCUGGAGAAGAUGCUGGAUUAUGAGCCCCUGAAACGCAUCGGUCUCCCCUCAGCUCUGAAGCAGCCCUUCUUCCUGCCGUUCACUCGUCCCGCUAACGCUCAGCUCUGGAGAAACAGCUGGGACAAGAAAGAAAUGACUCUGAAAGCUACUUGAUUCUACGUGGACCAGCGGAUUUAUCUCACAGCAAAGGGUGAGAUUAAAUGAGUAAAGAGGUAACAGAUUAGUUGGGGAAUUUACUAAUUGGAAUUAAAAAAGAUAAAUGCUGUAAUGAGAAUUUUUAGAUUGAACACUGCCCCAAAGGAAAAAACGAAUGUCUGACAGCAAAAUUAAAAUAAAAAAAUGCUAAAACCUUCAUUAUAAACGGUGCAUCUUAAGAAAGAUCUGUCCUCUUUAAUAUAAUUUAUUAUUGAAGCAAAUUGGUCCAUACAUGAAUGUGUUUGCUUAUUGUUUGUCAUAUUAUUAUUUUUUAUUUGUUCCUCACUUGUGUUUAUUUGACAUAAACACAACAGUUCAGGUUGCAGAAUAUUCUCUAAAGUCUUAACGUUUCUGCACUUUUAACCAGGUGCCGACUUGAAAAAAGUAAACUGACUUAUUUUGAUGCAUUGUUUUGCUGCUAUUUAGAUUUUUAAAAAUUCAAGUUUGUUUAAUUCUCAUACGAAUUUGAAACCAGCACAACUGUUGAAACUGUUACUGCUGUUAUUUUUAUUUUUAAAAGGAUCUCCGACAUCUUGUACAUGUUGGCCUUAAUAACUUAUUUAGCUGUUCUAUAAGUUGUUGUUUGUAAUACAUAAAAUCAACUAAUUACUUAAAAAGUUUUAUAUGUUUAUUACAUCUUGCUGUGACGUGCCCCUGUGUCAUUUUACCUGCCUAAUUGUCUGAUGUCCUCUCCUUUCAGCUGAUUGGCUGGGAGGAUAAUAAAAGGAAAUGAGCUCCACCUGACAGCGAGCGUGCGGCCUGAGGGGAGAAGUCUGUUUGUUGGUCCAGCGCUCCAGCCUCGCCGCCGCUCCACUUUUCCUCCUUUGUAGGGGGUUCCAUUUGUUUCAAAAAUACGUAGAACUCUAA